AUGACACCUCCUGCUGGUGUUUCAAAUAUACAGCUGACACCAUCUACGACAACUACUGCUGAGGAGCAAAGCUUGAAACGAUAUUAUAAAACUAAAAUUGACGACGCUCAGCAGCGAGUAGCAGAGAAGACGCAAAACUUACGAAGGUUACAAGCUCAACGAAAUGAACUGAAUUCAAAGGUAAGAGUAUGUGGAAGCUUUGGGUGUAGUUCAUUUUUGCAUGAGCAAGGUUCAUAUGUUGGUGAGGUUUCUAAAGCAAUGGAUAAGAAGAAGGUUCUUGUAAAGGUUCACCCGGAAGGAAAGUAUGUCGUUGACGUAGAUAAAAGCAUUGAUAUAAAUAAUGUAAAUGCUGGUUGCCGUGUUGCCCUACGAGCAGACAGUUAUACCUUACACAAAAUUCUCCCAAAUAAGGUGGAUCCGCUAGUUUCAUUGAUGAUGGUAGAAAAAGUGCCGGAUUCUACUUACGAGAUGAUUGGAGGUUUAGAUAAACAGAUAAAAGAAAUAAAGGAGGUGAUCGAACUACCGGUAAAACAUCCAGAACUUUUUGAGGCCCUUGGAAUCGCACAGCCAAAGGGAGUGUUGCUUUUUGGACCUCCUGGAACGGGGAAAACCUUACUUGCUCGUGCAGUGGCACAUCACACCGAGUGCACAUUCAUUAGGGUUUCUGGUUCGGAACUGGUUCAGAAAUUCAUAGGUGAAGGUGCAAGGAUGGUGCGCGAGUUGUUUGUAAUGGCGCGUGAGCAUGCGCCUUCUAUCAUUUUUAUGGAUGAGAUUGACUCGAUCGGAUCAUCUCGUGUUGAAGGCAGCAGUGGAGGUGAUUCUGAAGUUCAAAGAACGAUGCUUGAAUUGCUUAAUCAGCUUGAUGGUUUUGAAGCAACUAAAAACAUAAAAGUAAUUAUGGCGACUAAUAGGAUCGAUAUCCUUGACCCAGCUUUACUUCGUCCAGGAAGAAUCGACCGUAAAAUUGAAUUUCCUGCACCUGAUGAGAAAGCACGAGCUGACAUUUUGAAAAUCCAUUCGCGAAAAAUGAAUUUGAUGCGAGGAAUAAAUAUGCGAAAAAUUGCUGAAGCUAUUCCUGGUGCUAGUGGAGCUGAAGUAGGUUGCAGCACUAACUCACUCAGAAGCAUGUAUUUUGCAUAA